AUGACAGAUCAAUUGAAUCAAUAUCUAGAUAUUUUGUCUGAUUUUAGUGAAGAUGAUUUGGUUACCAACCAAUAUACAAUCCAUACAACGUAUCAUAGUGGGUCAUCAAGUCACACCUCACUUGAAGCUUCAAAUCCAGUGACUGAAAAUUCACUAUGUGUUGGCAUGUCUUUUGACACAAAAGAGUCCACAGUGUCAUGUAUCAAGCAAUACCAUAUUGACAAUGGUUAUAGAUUUGCUGUUGUUGAGAGCAAAUCUGAAAAAUUUAUAUGUCGAUGUGUCGACUACAAAAAAGACUGCCCGUGGCGUUUACGGGCUGCUUAUAGCAAGCGAAGUUUGAAUUGGGAAAUUAGAAAGAUUGACGGAUCACACACGUGUUUGUCAACCAUGCAACCUGCAGAUCAUGUCAACCUUGAUUCCAAUCAAAUUGGUUCUAUUGUGAUGAACUCUGUAAAGGAAAAUCCUUCCAUACCUAUCAAAAGUUUGGUAGCUGAAAUUAAAAAUCGUUUCGGAUAUUCAGUUUCAUAUGACAAAGCCUGGAAUGGUAAGCAAAAAGCGCUUGCUAAGGAGUUCGGAGAUUGGGAAGAGUCUUACAAUGAACUUCCCAGGUGGUAUCAAGCUGUACAAGAAAGCAAUCCCGACACAAUAAUUCAAUGCACUGGAUCUCCUAUACAAGUAAGUGGCCAACCUGACCCUUCUUGCUAUAUUAUGGAAUGUGUAUUUUGGUCUUUUGGACCAUGCAUCCAAGGGUUUAACUAUUUCAAGCCAGUUGUCCAAGUAGAUGGCACAUUUCUGACAGGAAGAUAUCAAGGGACAUUGCUAACAACACUAGCUCAAGAUGGGUCACGUAACAUAUUCCCUUUGGCCUUCGCAAUAAUGGAAGGAGAAACAAAGGAGGCCUUAAUAUGGUUUUUUCAACUCUUAAGGGAGCAUGUUACACCACAAUCUAACCUCUGCUUGAUAACAGACAGGGGGAAAGGCAUAUUGGCAGCCCUACAAUCUGAAGAAGUACAAUGGGAAGCAGAUGGACUGCAAUCAGUAUACUGCAUAUAUCAUAUUGCUUCAAAUUUCAACAAAAAAUUCAAGAAUCACGAAUUGAAGAACUGGUUAAAGAAUAUGGCUUACGAGGUGAAACAACCCAUAUUGGAUGCUAAAUUGGCAGCUUUGAGAUCCUAUUCACCAGAAGUGGCAUCUUGGAUUGACAGGAUACCACUACAAAAAUGGACUCAGGCCUACGAUGGAGGUAGUAGAUUCAGGCACAUGACAACAAACCUGGCAGAAUGUAUGAAUUCUGUUUUAAAAAGAGCUCGUUCAUUAGCAAUUUGUGCUCUAAUUAAGGCAACAUUUGAAAGGACCGCAACAUGGUUUGUUGAGAGAGGGGUUAAGGCAGAUUUCAUGUUACGAGCAGGCCACGAAUAUACAAAGGAAAUUAAUGCUAUCAUUAGAAAAAAUCAACAACAAGCGAAAAUGUGUCAAGUUCGUUUUCUCCACAUGAUCACCGCCUACCAAUGUCUUUUACAGUUAGAUUAA